CAGGCAGGUGGCGACAGGGAACAAUCCUGUGUCAUUCGGUGACAAGAGUGAAAUAAAUUCACAAAACCUGCUCUUUUGGACCCUCUCUACAUGUGGAUAAACCCUCCUGAGUGGGCUGGAUGUACCGUGGACACUCCUCGGGUGUGACACGGCUGUUUUAUUGUAUCAGCCCAAUGAUGCUAAUGUUAGCUUAGCUUAGCUCGUGGGCAGCUGUGGAAACUGUGGACAGAAGUUAGUGUCGCGGUGUGAAAAUGUCCAAAGUCCAAAUACUGAGAGCGUUUCUGAAGCAGAGAGUAACAGUGGAUGCUGAGGGGAUACCUGAGGUGUUUGUCAGGAGGAUUUCAGAGUGUGAGGAGGAGCUUUGUCGAUUAAAAGAGGAACAUGAGCGACAACAGAAACUCCUGGAGGCAGUUUUCAACCCAGAGGUCCAGUUCCAAACACCAGAUGUCCAACUUUUAAGUAAAGAGCAUCAGGGAUGGAGCCCCAGUCUGGACCAGGACGACCCCAGACCCCUAUACAUCAAAGAGGACCAGGAGGAACUGUGGGCCAGUGAGGUGGACCAGGGCCUGAUGCUGAAGACGCUGGUGAAGCAGAGUCGACCGGCAGCGGCUGAACACAUCUGUGAGCUGUUUGACAGAACCAUCGCUGAGUACAAGCAGCAAAUCUGUCGUUCAGCAAACGAGAACAAACGGCAGCAGAAGCUACUGGACACUGUUUUCAAACCCAAAGUCCUGUUACACAGAGCAGGGUGUCCUGUGGACGUCCAGCGGCUGGCAGGGAACAGCAAACCCAGUAAAGGCGUUUGUUUUCAGCAGCAGGGGUGGAACAAUGCUCUUGUCCAGGAGAACCCAGAGUCCCGCCCCAUUAAAGAAGAACAAGAGGAAGUGAUGAUCAAGCAGGAGGACGAGGCUGAGACCCCCUACACUAUUGUUCCUGUAAAGAGUGAAGAGGACGAAGAGAAACCUCCGUCAUCAGACUUCCAUCAGAGACGGACUGAGGACAGAACAGAUGGAUCUGAGCUCUAUAGAGGAUCAGAACCAGAUCGGAGCUUAGAUCCACGUCCACGUUUCCAAAUGGACCCCGAUGACAAGACCACAGACUCCUCUGACACUGAGGACAGCGAUGAACCAGAGUCAGGCUUCUAUCAUCACACAGGAGGAAAACCGUUCAGAUGUGCAGUUUGUCAAAAACGAUUCAGGUAUAAAAAUAACGUCAAGAGACACAUGACGACUCACACAGGGGAGAAACCCUUUACCUGCUCCAUUUGUGGCACAAAAUUUGCCCGGAAGUCCCACUUAUAUGAUCAUCACACGGCGCGUCACACUGGAGUAAAGCCUUUCACAUGUUCACUCUGUAGGAAACAGUUUGGAUGUGCAAAUAAUUACAAGAAACACAUGCGGAGACAUACGCAGGAGAAACGGCCACCCUCGUACGUGAGCGCUGAAGGACGUCCAAUGAAACACAACUGCUCUGAAUGUGGGAGAACCUUUGGCUCAGGGUCUAUUCUGAAGAGACACCUCAAAGUCCACACCGGAGAGAAGCCCUUCAGAUGUUCAGUGUGUGGACAGAGCUUUGCCAGGAACGCACACCUGAUCAAUCACAUGAUCCGACACACAGGAGAAAAACCAUACAGCUGCUCAGUUUGUAAGAAGACAUUUACACGCAAAGAUUAUGUUAAAGUCCACAUGAAAGUCCACACCAGGGAGGAAAAGGGGACAGAAACACUGGCUGAGGAGAAUAAACCCUUCUGAUGAGGAGAUUAAACCCAGGAUGGGGUACGUGAACGCUCUGGUCCAUCAGUAUGUGGACGGUGGAUCUGAAAUGAAACACACAGGAUGGGAUUGAAACAUGGACCUUCCACAUGGACCACCAGUCAAGAAUGUGCCUCAGACAUCCAGCAGAUGUCAGUGACUAAAGAAGAUGAUCCCCCUGAGCCGCAGGAGUGGAGCCCUGUUGUGGACCAGGAGGACCCAGAGCCCCCGAGUAUUAAACAGGAGGAGGAACAGGAAGAACUGUGGACCGGUCAGGAGGGAGAGCCGCUUCAGUGGCAGAUGACACUGUUACCAGGUACAGGCUUUAUGGACUUUAAAUUAAAGGAGUGUCCUACAGACGUCCAACAGCUGGUGGUUGAUGAAGAAGUCGGUCCCUCUGAGAAGCAGGAGUGGAGCCCCAGUCUGGACCAAAAGGCAGAUCUAGGAGACUACGGAAGAUCAGACGCAACCAUGAAGGUAGUUCCCAUAAAGGACUCAAACGGUCAAACUGCCCAGAACUCAAGUCCAUUUCCCAAACACGCAAAAAUCUUUGGCAACAACACUUCUCUGGAGAGACACAUAGACACUCAUACCGGAGAUGGACUGGUGGGACCUUCAGCGUAUGGGACAGGAUUUUCUCAAGAAAUACAUUCAGUUCAUCACAUUCUACAUCCUGCUUCCUGUGUCGGUGAGAUGAAUGUCACCAGCCCUCACAGGCACAUAAUGAAUAAUAACAAUGACUUCCCUAUAAGUGAUACAGGAUGUAGCACAAGACUACAUCAGUGCACAGAGUGCGGAAAAACAUUUGACUGGAAAUCACACUUGAUGAUACACAUGAGAGUUCACACUGGGGAGAAACCAUUUGACUGUUCAAUGUGUGGGAAAAGAUUUGCUCAUAAAUCAAAUUUAAUCACUCAUAUGUCACAACACGCUGCCUGUAUUAACGAAACGGAAGGCAAUAGUGACGGGAACUAUGGUUUAAGUGAUGUAGGACGCAAGAUCAAACAGUUUCACUGCAUGUACUGUGACAAGUGUUUUUACUGGAAGUCCCACUUGGAGAUCCACAUGAGAGUCCACACUGGAGAGAAACCCUUUGGUUGCUCAGAAUGCGGUAAAAGAUUUGCUCAUAAGUCAAAUUUAAUCACUCACCUGACACGUCACACAGGAGAUCAGUCUAUGGGCUGCUCAGCUGGUCAGAGACACUUUAGGCGGAAAAAUAUGUUGUUAGGAAACAUAAAGAUUGUUACGAGGGAGGACGUCCACAGUCACACCAUCAGGAGUUUAGAAGCAGAAAGACUUGAACCAACAGGUCUAGACCAAUCCAACAACUCUGAUGAGGAGUCCAUCUGAGCUGAAGUUUAAUGCCUUCUCUCUAAUGCAAGGGUAUCGAACUCAUUUUAGUUCAGGGCCAAAUACAGCCCACUUUGAUCUGAAGCAGGUCAGACCAGUACAACAAUAGCUGAUAAAUAAUGCAACAUGAUAUCAUGACUCACAUAAAUAUACAACCCACUUUUAAUUGGUGUAUCUUUACGCAUUAUAAGCUUUCCACGUGUAUGUUCAUGCUGUUAUUAGCCCCCUGGCCAACCUGAAUCAAUGUGUCAAACACCACGCACUGACUGACUGGGUUAUGUGAACUGGAGAUCUUGGCAUACACUGACACACGAUCAAAUGGCGCUGAAUAACACGCGAAAGGUCAAAAAUGUGUAGGUAAAUGCCGUAAGAACUGGUGUGACAUACGCCAUUCAUUUAGAUCAGGUUGAAUAAUGAGAACUAAUUUUUUCUCUUUUGUACAAAAAAGUAAACUAUCAACAAACUAUCCUUUCACAAUCAAUGUGACUAUCCUGAACCUGGAAUGGGUUCUAUGCACAGCCCUAGUACGUCCUGAACUUCAGGUGGGUCCUUUAUUUUCUGUCUUUCAUUAUUGGACACACUGAUUAAUCCAUGUGUGUCUAAUCAAUCAGUUGUCCCAAUAAGUAGCAGACUCACCUGGAACAAUCAGUGUGUCCAGUAAUGAAAGACAGGAAAUAAAGGACCCACCUGAAGUUCAGGAAGUUGUGGCGUUGUGCAUAGAGCCCAUUUCCUAAAGAAAAAAGUGCAAUUUAACAAUAUGAUGUCUUAAUUUAUCAUUCAUACAUGUGGAUUACAGAUUACAACAGAUCCACAAAAGACAGGCAUAAAAGACAGGCAUAAUAUUGAUUAAAUGUUAGAGUUUGGAACUUGGAGUUGUCAUUUUUUUAUAGGUUGCUCACUUAUUAUUUUACUGGUCUGACCCACUUGAGAUCAAAUUGGGCUGUAUGUGGCCCCUGAACUAAAGCCUGUUUGAUACCCUUCACCAUCAGUGUCAUUUUUACAUUUGCAAAUUCAUCCUGUGUGUGAGACUGGGACCUUUGGUGGGCUGGUUUUUGUCCCCAGGUGUGAAUAGGUAAUUAUGUGUAGGAUCAGACUGAGUUUCCAUACUUUUAUGUCUGCAAAUCUAUGGAAAAAAAAAAAAAAACAUACCACUGAUCAGUUUGUCCUGCAAAUGAUAGACCUUUUGUCCACACCCCCACCCCCAUUUAGCUUUGCAUGUUCCCUUUGCAUUUAGCAAAAUGCAAGUCAGGUGGACAUUUCUACAGUGGGUAUAAAUGGAAUGAUUCAUUUGGUAUCCCUGACUAAAAAAAAACAAAAAUUAAAUCUAUAUACCCAUUUGUUAUGUUUGGAUUUAGCUCCAGGUAGAAAUUCACAAUCAACAAAUAAUGAUUCAGACUCGUUUACAUUUAAGGUUCAAUGAAAAUGAUUGUAGAAUUAUAUUCAAAGAAUGAAAAACAUUGAUAUUUCUGUAAGUGGUGUGUUGUGUAAUAACUUUUAGCUGUACUUAGUGUGUUAAAAAAAAAUUUGAAAUUGAAGAUAAAUUAAUGCCUAAACUCAAAGAAUUCCUGUAACCCCUUAAUUAUUGACCUUAACAUUCCAUGUAGUUUUCAUACUAUUUAUGAAGUGAUGUGUUGUCUGUAUUAGCCAUUUUAGUUUGUUUUUUUUUACAGUUGAUAAUCUGUCAUAACUAAACAUUCAAGCCAUCCAAACCUCAGUACAACUACAGAAAAUCAACUGAAUGUACAUUUUAUUUGUGUUUUAUCACUCACCUCCUUCAUCUUUUAUUCUGUCUUCACUGUGAUUAACUGCUGCUCCUGCGGAAGAUAUUUGACAAAGAAUUAGAGAUAAGCCAACAAACGCUACUGGACAUUUGUUUCACAUCCUGUUACAUGAACACGUAUCUUUUCUAUGUAUUUUCUUAGGUUUGUCAUUUUGAAAAAUUUAAUAAAUGUUCAAAACAGAA